CUUGAAAAUGUUUCUACCUCACUAGGGAUCUGUAAUUUUAUACUACUUGAUAAAUUUAGGGUGCCAACAGAAGUUUUGUGUUUAAUUUUUUUGUUGGUAAUGAACCUGCAACUUAUUGUUCAGUUUGAAAUUGAUAUUGAAGAUAUCCCCGAAUCAAGAAGGUCGUUUGCCAAUGGAAAAGUAAGGCAGAGGAAGCAACUGACUUUGAGCAGCCUUAGUUGUUCCUCAUUACUUGAUUUGUACUCGAAAUUAGAAUGAGUAUAGUUGGACUGACCGGAGGAAUUGCUUCGGGGAAGAGCACUGUCUCCAACUUUUUCAAGGCACAUGGUAUUCCUGUUGUUGAUACUGACGUUGUAGCUCGUAAUGUUUUGAAGAAAGGAACUGGUGGUUGGAAAAAGGUUGUGGCCGCAUUUGGUGAGGACAUCUUAUUGGAUAACGGAGAAGUUGAUCGUGCAAAGCUAGGUCAAAUAGUAUUCUCUGAUCUUGAAAAACUUCAGCUUCUUAAUAGGUUGCUAGCACCAUUUAUUUCACAUGGUAUGUUAAUGAAAGUUUUGAAGCUGUGGAUAAAGGGCUGCUCCAUAAUUGUUGUCGAUGUUCCUCUUUUGUUUGAUGCCAAGGUAGAUAAAUGGACUAAACCCAUUGUUGUCAUUUGGGUUGACCCUGAGACACAGCUGCAGCGGCUCAUGACUAGAGAUGGAUCUAUGGAGGAGGCCAAAAGCAGGAUAAAUGCGCAGAUGUCCCUGGAUCUCAAGAGGUCAAAGGCAGAUAUUGUGAAUGAUAACACCAGCUCAUUGGAAGCUCUGCAUGAGCAAUUUCAGAAAGUGUUAACUCAGAUUACCAAACCCUUGACCUGGACUGAGUUUAUGCUCUCAAGAAAUGGAGCUUUUCUAGCAUUGUUUUCCACUUUUGCAAAUAUGGUCAAUCUUUUAAUGUCUGUAUCCACGACAAGUUGUGACAGGUCAUCUCUUACUGCUAAAGAUGUUGCCAUUUGUGAUGGAUGCUCAAUUCCGGACGGUAUUACAGUCCUUGUUCAGUCGAUAAGCUUACUUUUUUUCUUUACUGGAAAGGAUAGAACCAAGUCAGUCUUUAGCUGA